UUAUAUAUUAUUAUUAAUUACAUGAAUGCAAUAUAUUUUAAUAAAAUAUUUAUAUUUUAUUGUAUGCAGGUAUUUAAGAUGCCAAAGAAGAAGAUACGGCUGUAUGGUAAAAGGCAAAAUGUUUACACAUGACGGAGCACAAAUUGAAAUAUCUCCAGGCGAUGACCACAAUCAUGAACCUGCACCUCGCCAUGCAUUAGGUGUUCGACAGUUUUUCAAUAGAUUGAGAGAGAGAGGCGUAGACGAAAAUAUUGCACCACACAUAAUUGUUGAUCAGGAAACUCAAAUGGAACCAGAAGCAGCAAUGGAGAUUGGACGACCCGCAGCUAUCCGUGCUAUAGCAAGAGCCAGGCGUCGUAAUAGUCCACCAGUACCUGAAUCAUUGAGCAAUUGGCCAAAUAUUUUGAGCUCGAUUGAAUGGAGUCAGAGACUAUUGUACGUCAACGGCGCACUAGAUCAAUUUUACCAAGGACCUUUGGAAGUGCUCAGAGAUGACGGUACCGUUCGUUUUGUUGGCAUCGCCUUUACAAAUGUAGCAUUUCUACAACGGAUGAAUGUACAUCUUCGGGCUGUUCGAACUGUGUGCAUGGACGGGACGUUUCAAGUUCGACCAAGACAACCUCCAGACAUUGAACAACUAUUUACCAUUCAAAUAGUUUUCAAUGAUGUGGCGAUACCAAUUGUUCAUGCACUUUUAAUUGACCGUCAGACAGAAUCAUACAGUCGAGUUCUGCAGUAUUUUAGGCAUGAUUUACAACUGAAUUUGAACUAUGACCAGCUUCAAAUCAUAUCAGAUUUUGAACAAGGGUUAAGAAAUGCCAUUGCCCGAGUACUUCCUGAAGCCAACAAUACUGGAUGUUGGUUUCAUUUUGUUCAAUGCAUUAUUCGUUACGUGAGGACCCACAACCUGGCAAGAAUUCUUAGAGCUAAUGAAAACGCAAGGAGAAUCUUACGCAUGCUCAUGGCUUUACCUCAUUUGCCGGCCAAUGAAAUUAGAUUCCACCGUGGUCUCUUUUCAAUUCAACUAGGGUUUGAUGUUGUACAAGAAUUGGGUUAGUUGUCUCAUACAAAUUCAUUGUUCUG